UUAUUACCAAAUAUGGUCUUGAAAGACAUUUAAAUGACGAAAACGUUCCCCUAGUCUUUUUAGUUUUUCCUCUUUCUCUAUAGGCGGAUCCUACAUCAAACUGAUUGGAAUCCCAUUCCGUAAGCUGUACGAUGAACAAGAAGCGUUGAAGGAGCUCAAAGCACAACGGCGAUCAGCAGAGCAAUUGGUUGGCUGGAAUGCGCUACUGCGGAUGGUAGAGAAGUUUCUGGCUGAUGAAAUACAGCAUUCGCCAGAUGUGCGGAGACCAUCAGAGUCAACCACUGAUCAGACAUCAUUCAUUACUCAUAAGGGUGGAGCAAUAUUGGUUAAUCGAUCUGGUACUGUUUUCUAUAAGUACGUCGAGGAUGAAGGUACACAAUGGCCGAGCGUAAAAAAGGUUGAAUCUCUCAACACAUCAAAAUCUUCCAUGACUAAUAAAGCAAAAGUGGAUUCUGAAUUAUCAGCAAAUAACACUGAAGAAAAGAAGAAAUCAUGUUGCACAAUAUUAUAG